AUGAUCCGUGGCCACGGCCGCGGUCCCGGUUCCCUCGGCUCUCGCUCCGGCGUCUCUUACAUGCCCCCCAUCGACGAGAACGAGGUCGCCUCUACACCUUCACCCAGCCCGCCCAAGACUCCUCUCCGAGUACCGCAAAAGUCGCCGCGGCGAGGAAUGCGGACUCACAACGGUCUCAACGGCGUGCUUCCGCCGCCGUACGUCCCACCUUAUAUACUCUCUGCCGGAUAUUCGCCCCCACACGUUCCGCCGACGCUGCAUCCUCCGCCGCCGAGCUAUAAGGAGGCUCAUGCGGUAAAGGGUAAACUCGUCGAGGGGGAUUCGCUUGGUGAGGAAGAGGGGGUUGUUCCACGAGGGCGAAUUUGUGGUGUUGAUAGGAGGAGAGUGUGUUGCUUGUUUGGUGUCGCCGUCGCCAUCAUGGCUAUCAUUGCCAUAGGACUUGGUAUUGGACUGACAGUUGGCUUGAAAGACAAACGUCAAGACUCAACCGAAGACAACUCCCCAUUGAAGGAUCCCAACUUCCCAGCCGGCUCUUUCUCCUUCAAGGCAAACCUCCAGAAGCCGUCAGCAGAAUGUACCUCGAAUCCAUCCACAUGGCGCUGCUACCCCUAUACAGAGGGUGAACCCGCAACCUUUUUCUGGAUCAUUACAUACGUCAACACCCAGUUCUACAAGAUCUCAUCCACCGACAACCCCUUUGCACCCUCCUUCACCAACCUCACCCUCGAGCUCCUAGACGAAAACACGCCCAAGGAGCGUCUUCUCUUCUCCUUCUCUAUGAACAAGACUGUCGUUCCGGAUAAUCAACUUUCGUCUAGUAACCGUGCUGCGCGGUGUACUUUUGACGACACACGCUUCGAGGCUACACUAUGGACACACAAGAGCAAAGGCCACAACAAUGACGACGACAAAUCCGAUAACAGCAAUUUUGUCGCCUGGCCUGGUGACGUCGAGGUUGUUCAGAGCAAGUCCUUCAAAAGUGGAUCGCCAAGAUGCGUGGACGAAGAUGAUGACAAGGUGGGCGACGUCAAGUCUCGUUCAGGGGCUUUCCACCACGCGCUUUUUACAGCACGUCGACAACAUUACAUGAACUAUUGGUAA